GAAGUCCCGCUCAAAGAAGCAAAACAGCAGCAAGAGCAAGAAAAGGAAGAAGAAGCGAAAUGUGGCAUGUACAAAGGACGAUUUAAGCGCGGGAAUCAUCAAGGAACUUGGAAAGAGAGAAAGAAAAUGCGCAAUAGCUUUGACAUCUUCAAG